ACCUACCCAAGUCAACCAACCUACCCAAGUCAGCCAACCUACCCAAGUCAGCCAACCUACCCAAGUCAGCCAACCUACCCAAGUCAACCAACCUACCCAAGUCAACCAACCUACCCAAGUCAGCCAACCUACCCAAGUCAGCCAACCUACCCGUCUUCUAGUUACAAUCCAGAAUAUAACUACCAAACUGAAGGUGCCAACAGCCCAGGAGCAUGUAAGUAGAUAAAUAUAAGCGCGUCAGAAUUUCAUGUUUACUAAAUAUGUUCAUCCUCUUUUUUGUUUUGUUUUGGGGGGGGGGGGGUGAGCUAACGCCUCUUUAAGUGCAUGUUGUCUCUGUUACGCCUAUUGUUAAGCCGAAACCAAAAGCUAAACGUAUUUUCGGCCGAAACCGAAAUAUUUAGAUAUUUCAUAAACUCGUUCAUGCACACGUUCUACGUACGUCGAAAAUUCGCGGGGGGAAGUAUCGAUAUUUAUAUAAUUUCUAUUUCACAAUGAGAUUAUCGUGACAGACAUCUAAUGAAUACUUUGGGCGUUACCAUUUGAAUUAAAAAGUAAGUUAAAGUUUUAAAAAAUGUAUGUUAAAGUAAUAUGUUAAGAUAUACAACUUUUACACGGGGAGGGGGCGGAUGUUAAGAUAUACAACUUUUACACGGGGAGGGGGCGGUGAAUCCAUGCAAAAAAGACCCUUGGGCGCGCUUUGAUUUAAUACUAUAUUUACAAUGCUACCUGGACAUAUUUGGUAUCGCUCGAAAGCUUAGCCAAUGAAUUGUUAAUUUGCAUGGCCUGCUCCUUUUUUAAAUACCACAGACAUUCAACCAUACAAAUACCGAGGAUUGAGGGGUGGGGCGACCCAUGGCGCCGUAAACGAUCGCGUCCAUUAGCUUUUUCAUCUUGCUCUGACCAAUCCCCCCACCCCCCGACGUUGACAUGAGAGAGUGGGGUUUUAUUCCCAACCCAGGAGCAGUGUCCAUGUCCUCCACUAGCCUGAUACCAGAAACUAAUGAAGAAAGCAGUGACUGUUGUGACAGCCGCACAUUGUGCCAAUGUAAUCCGCCUACGGGAGUCCAUCUCCGGGUUUGAAUUCAGAGUUCCUUCUCUUAGAUGAGUUGCUAUCCAAGAUUAACGAGUCCCAUCCACCCGGGGAAAACAAACAUUAAACCACCGGAUAUCGUACGUUUAGGGGUCCUUCUAAAUAGAAUAUACAUAACAUAUUUUAAGCAUUUCAAACUGUCCAGUUCGCGCUUCUCUCGUUGAGUUGAUGGAUACGGUACAUGAAAAAUAUUUAGAAUAUCAUCUAAAACAAUAUUCCGAAGCUGAUAAUUUACUGCUGAUAUAGCAAUGACACAAAGACAUGAGAAAUGGGUCGGGGGGGGGGGGGGCGAGGGCCUUUGGCUUAAAUGGGGGUAGUUCGAGGCGGUUAAUUUUUUUUUUUUUAAAAAACCCUUUUGAAAUAUAAAUUUUUCGGUUCCGUUUUUCUUUUCAUAAUCUUAAAGAGUGAGAGAUUUUAAUUUUUGAUUUUUUUAAAGAGACGUCCCCCAUAGUUUCAAAAACAAUUUAUUUAAAAAAAAAUGAGUAACACGUUGUUGUAUCACUGCCCAUCCUCAGAUCAGUGUGGCCCCAAAUACAAUGGGAAUACGUACCCUGUCGCUGGUGUUUGCUUCGCGUAUAUGGAGUGUGAUGAUGGAGAGGUCUUGUAUCGCCAGUGUAACAACAAGAACAGGUUUGACGCGAAGUCCGGCAAGUGUGUGGCUGAUGCCUCAUGUACCACAGGUAAGGGGGGGGGGUCAUUCACAGGACCUUUUGGUUGAAUAAUUGAUUUUUUUGCAUUUAUUAUUUUUUUUUUAAAAUGUUUUUUGUGUAAACGUUUUUACGUAAUUAAUGAGUUGACGUCAUUCACUGUCCCUGGACUUGUAACAAAGAUGAAACAGUUUCGCAAUGUAACUAGUAAAAAGAAGAUACAGUUUUACAUUGUACCUUAUUAAAAAUGAUACAGUGUCACAUUAUAACUUACAUAAAGAUGAUACAGUUUUCACAUUGUAACGUUUCCCUUGGUCGCUGUCUGCAGCCUGUUAUGAGAAAUGGACGCCCCAUCCUCGUGACAUCUACAAGUUCCUCCUGGACGGCUAUGAAAUGUCCUGCCCAGAAGGAACUUAUUUCGACUACAAAAUCUGCACGUGCCAGCAUAACUAUUGUAAGUAGUAGAAGUCAAAAUGUAACUUUUUUUACCGCUUAGCUUUCGCACACAUCUCAUAACACACCUCACCACACACACAGUAAAAUUAUUUUUAAAAAUUUAAGCAUUUUUUAAAAACAAUUUUAGACCAUGAUUGAUUUCGGUAGAUUCGUAAGUUUUUAAAGAAAAGUCCAUGUAUGAUAACUACCAAAUCUUUGGGUAUUCAGAGGAAAUUACAGAGUGUCAAUGAUCAUAAGCUAGUUCAUGAACAGCUCAAGGAUCAUAAGCUAGUUCAUGAGCAGUUCAAAGAUGAUAAGCUAGUUCAUGAAAAGUUCAAAAAUCACAAGCUAGUCCAUAAACAGUUCAAAGAUCAUAAGCUAGUUCAUGAACAGUUCAAAGAUCAUAAGCUAGUUCAUGAACAGUUCAAAGAUCAUAAGCUCUUCCAUGAACAGUUCAAGGCAGACUGGGAUGGCCUGAGGAUUGCAACGACAGAGCUGAGCUCAAACAUUCAGGGAUUCAGGGUACAGCGACAACAGAAGAGCUGUGGGUGAAGUUUAAGACAACAAUCACUUAUGCAGUGAAGAAAUUCAUACCACACAAGAUCACCAAUUCUAGAGAUAAAUCAGCCAUGGGUCACGGCUGAAAUCCGUAGGCUCAUCCACAUGAGAGACCGCCGAUACAAACGAAUGAAACAUAUGUCUCAAUUGAACUGAGAGAGGAGGUACUGAGGCUCCGGCGAACCCUUCAACGCUUAUUGCGCAGAUCAUAUUGGAACUACAUGAACGGCAUCUUCUCAGAGGAAGACACCCCGACCAAAGAUGUCAAGAACAAGCGCUUCUGGAGCUAUGUGAAGCACCAAAAGUCCUCAAACGCUGGAGUUUCUCCCCAGAGGUGGGAUGACCAAUAGACAUCUGACCCAAAAGCACAGGCUGACAUACUAAAUCAGCAGUUCCAGUCGGUCUUUGGUGACGGUAGAGAGUACUCUGAGUUCCUUCUGAAGACCAAAAUGAUGAACAGAGCCUACCCUGCCAUGGAAGAUAUCCAGAUAUCAGAACAGGGUGUGCUUGCCCUCCCCUAAACCAUUAACCCCUACAAAGCCUGUGGUCAUGACAACAUCAAACCACGAGUGCUCAAAGAUUUGGUCAAAGAAAUCGCUCCUACAUUGACAAUCCUCUUCCAAUCGUCGCUGUGCACAGGAAAUGUUCCAGCAGACUGGAGAACAGCGCAUGUCACUCCAAUCUACAAGAAAGGGGAGCAUUCCAACCCUGCCAACUAUCGUCCGAUAUCCCUCACCAACGUGGUCUGCGAACUGUUGGAGCACAUAAUCGUAAGCACAGUCAUAAAGCAUCUUGAAAGCCAAAAUAUACUCAAUGACUGUCAACAUGGCUUCCGAGUCAAUAGAUCAUGUGAGACCCAGCUCCUUGAAUUUGUAGAAGACUUGAUGAAAAAUCUGGAGAAACACAAGUAGACUGACGUGCUGGUGAUGGACUUCGCAAAGGCAUUUGACCGUGUGAAUCAUAGUUUGCUUCUACUCAAGCUUCAGAGAUAUGGGAUCCAAGGCCCUACUAAAGCAUGGAUAUCUAGCUCUCUGAGCCACCGAUGCCAAGCAGUAGUGAUUGAUGGUACAAGCUCCUCCUUUGUCUAUGUGAAGUCAGGGGUCCCCCAGGGAUCAGUGCUAGGCCCCUGCUUGUUCCUAGCAUACAUUAAUGACCUACCCGAGAAACUGACAUCACAAACAAGGCUGUUCGCAGAUGACACAGUGGUGUAUAGGACGAUAGCCAACAGAUCUGACUAGGACCAGCUACAACAGGAUCUCAAUCAGUUAGCUGAGUGGGAGAUGAGCUGGGACAUGGAAUUUCAUUCUGCCAAGUGCCAGACACUAUCAGUCUCUAGAAGUUGUACUCCGUUACACUACCAAUACGAACUGCACGGCCAUAUACUUGAGCCAAUUUCCUCCGUAAAGUACAUGGGUGAUACCAUUCAAAGAGAGGUCCGCUGGGACGAGCAUAUUAACAAUGUAUGUAACCAAGCAAACAAGACCCUAGGGUUCUUAAGGCGUAAUCUAAAGAUUGGCAACUCCUCUGUGAAAGAAAGAGCCUAUAAAGCCUUUGUCCGUCCGGUUUUAGAUUAUGCAUCUUCAGUCUGACACCCAUUUACCCAGAAGACCAGUGACAGGUUGGAGGCGGUCCAGCGACGAGCAGCACGCUUUGUCCUGAACCGCUUUAGGAUUACCUCUGGUGUUGGCAGCAUGCUGGAAACACUGGGCUGGUCACCAUUGGAGGAACGACGACGACAAUCCGGGCUCUCCAUUAUGUACAAGAUAAACAAUGGGCUGGUCCACUGUUCCAGUAUUAAACAGAAACUCGUCCCUCUCCCCCAUGUCAGGCAGUUCGGGCUCAUACCAGCAAGAAGCCAGUAUAGGAGCUGCUCAUUCCUGCCCAAGACAAUCAGGGACUGGUACAAGCUUUCAAAAGGAACAGUUGAGGUGACAACACUAGACUCAUUUGUGUCUACUGCCUCAAGGCUUCAAACCCCCCAGUGCAUGAUUCCCUCACAAAGUGGCGCUGGAAAUCAGUUGAAUGUCCUCGUCAACACCAGGCACAGAAACAUUGCAGAUCCCCUCUACAUGCAUAGGAGCCAAAAUGAUCAAUAAAUUGAUCGUGGACCCUUAAUAUUUAAAAGAAGAAGAAGAAGAUCAUAAGCUCGUUCGUGAACAGUUCAAAGAUGUGAGAAACGAUAGGAGUGUUGAUAGGAGUGUUGAUAGGAGUGUUGAUAGGAGUGUUGAUAGGAGUGUUGAUAGGAAUGUUGAUAGGAGUGUUGAUAGGAGUGUUGAUAGGAGUGUUCGCUGUGUCAGAUUAGGAAACAUGGCAAGGGAUAUAAACAAGCAAAUUUUGUUUUCCUUAUGAAAAAAAUCAACAGCUAAAACUCUGUUGUAAGAUUGUACUGUUUUCUUUUUUUUUUCAAUCGAUACAUGUAGUAUCAGUCUUUCGAGAUGUUUUCUCGUUUUUUAAUAAAAUUAUUAUCAUUAUUAUUCAAAUUCAAAUGCAAAAAAAAACAACAAAAAGACAACUAUUUCGUGACAAAAAAUUUAAAGUUGUUGCUUAUGUCUCCCACAGUUAUGCCCCGUGCCUAUGGCUAUAACAAGUAGGGAUGUCAGGACAGAUAGCCCUGAUAACAUAACGUGACCCAUGCGUGUGUCUUCUUAAGACUGUGCCAACAUUUUCAAGGCCAUUCCCAAAAUAUUGUGCUUGAAAUAAACAUUUUUUUAUUAACUUCC